CUUCCGGCCUGUCCUUUCUCUUCUCCUUUCCCCCCGCCAUCGUGCGCUCUGCGCCUGAUUCAGAUCCUCGCCAUGUCUUCUCACAAGACUUUCAGAAUCAAGCGAUUCCUGGCAAAGAAACAAAAGCAAAAUCGUCCUAUUCCUCAAUGGGUUCGGAUGAAAACUGGUAACAAAAUCAGGUACAACUCUAAGAGAAGACACUGGAGGAGAAAGAAGCUGGGUCUGUAAGGAGUCACAC